UUUUUUUUUUUUUUUAGACAUAGAGAUAAUCGUCUGUCCCUCUCAUAUUAGAUCAUUUGGCGAUGACGAAAUGCGAAAUUGCUCCCUAUUUAGUGCCCCGACCCACCCCUUUCCCCUUAGUGUCCUAGGCUCGGUUAUAACCGGAACAAGGACGUUAAGCCCCAUCAAUCAAUCAAUCAAUCGGCAGGGCACAACUCACCUAGCACUGACUAGUACAGCACGCAACGCAGCACAUCCAUCCAGACGAUUUAAGAAGAAAUAUGGCCGAGAAGAAAACUACCAAGCCGAAGACCCCACCAGCUCACCCGAAGUACAGCGACAUGGUGGCAUCUGCUGUGGGAAGUCUGAAGGAACGUGGAGGCUCGUCCCGCCAGGCGAUAUUGAAGUACAUCAUGGCUAACUUCAAAGUCGGUACUGACGCCAAGGCAAUCAAUGCACAUUUGAAGAUCGCCCUCCGCAACGGAGUGAAGAAGGGGGCCCUAAAACAGUCCAAGGGUACCGGAGCUGCCGGAUCAUUCAAACUCGGAGAGAAGCCUAAACCAGCUAAGAAACCAGCAGCGAAGAAGGUGACUAAGCCGAAAGCAGCAAAGCCUAAGAAACCAGUAGCGAAGAAGGCGACCACAUCGGCGACGGCUAAGAAACCAAAGGCAAAGACACCCAAGAAAACAGCAGCUAAGAAAACUGUAGAGAAGAAGAAACCGGCAGCAAAGAAAGCCACCAAGCCUAAGACUCCGAAGAAAAAGGUCACUAAGUCUCCAAAGAAAGCCAAGACCACUAAGCCUAAGGCAGCCAAGAAGUGAAGAAGUAGAUCGUCUACUACCCGAAGAAAACAUAAACAGUCCUUUUCAGGACUACCCAACUUUCU